AUGAAGGCUAUCUUGAUCCUAAAAUGGUUGAGGGUCCAGCGUCGGCCGGCGGGGCGGGGGCGGUCCGUCGGAGGCGAGCGUCGCGCGACGGCAAGUGACGUCGGCGACGCGCGGGCUGUGCCGCGCCCCCACACACCCUCCCAGCCUCGCACCCUCUACCGCACCCUCUGCCGCUGCACCCUCUACACCCUCUGCCGCUCAUGUACCUCGAAUGACACCCUCGUCAACACCACGUCGAUACAAACGGAAGCCGUGAAGUGA